ACAGAUAAGAGAUUACAACAAUUCUCGAACUUACGGUGCAAAAAUAUUAUAAAUAAACGAUAUUACAAAUGUCAAAAUGUUUAGGUAUUCGUUAUCGUGGUAUAUUUUUGCAUUCACACUAUUGGAAUCAAUAAUUAACACACAUUUAACAGUUCAUGACAGCAAUCAUGGUUUUAUCACAAACAAUCAGAGGUACUUCGACAACGAUCUCAGUGUUAUCCAAGAGGAAAUUACAUCCGGAUUGAGGUCAUCAAGAAUUAAUGACGCAAAUCUUAAAUUACAACUCAAGUUUGAGCCUGAAUUUCUUGAUUUUAAAUACAGACCUUUGGGAGUUCCUCAUUUAGAAAAAGUUACGUUAUUUAAUAUUGAUAACAACAAAAGUAUUGAUAUGACUUCAAUUUCGGGAAGUACAGUGCAUUUUCAUAGUUCUUUUUUUGAGGAUAAGAAAAUUCCACCUCUUGGUAACACUACGUUCAAUGUAGUUUUUCUGGGACGUGAGGAAGGUUAUGUAGAAAGCAAUUUAUUUAUUCACACCACUGAGGGCCACUUCAAAUAUAACGUCAAAGGUUUAAGCAUUUACAGCCCCUAUAGACUUCGCCCUAUUGUGGGCAUAAAACUGCCAAUAAAUGCUUCAUUCUCUCCUCUAAUCUACAUGCACAAUCCCCACACUCAACCCAUUCAAAUAGUGGAAGUGUACAGCAGUGGCGGCGACUUUCACCUCGAGCUUCCCACCGGCGAGCUCGAGGGCCCCAAAGACAUGUGGGAAAUCCCCCCGCUGCAAACCAAAGCCGUAAUUCGCGUUCGGUUUCAAGCGAAAUCUGAACAAAAUCACACAGCUUAUGUCAGAAUCAAAGUCAACAGUAGUGAAGAAAUACUUGUCGUGCCAUUAGAAGUUGAAGUUUCAGCAGACGGGGGCAUCUUUGACCCCCAAGGGAGUAUAGAUUUCGGAAUUGGGGGCAACUUAGAUUCACCCAAAACAGUCGAAUUGUGUAUUUUUAAUCCCUUAAAGAAGGCCGUGAGGAUACACAGCGUUGAUGCUUCUUCCAAUUCAGUGAAGGUCGAUUUUGAAAAUGUAAAAAUUAUGCCCACGAAAAAUGGUUGUGUUAAAAUUGGCACUGUCACUUUGGAUUGGAAAAGUGCUUUCAAAUCGCAGGAAUUUUUUGGCAAAAUUACAAUAAAAUAUAGGAAUGGUAAAAGUAAAACGGAAAUUCCGUACUAUUUAACCGUUUUAGAAGGUGGUAUUACCUACGACCCGCUUGUUACACGAUAUUUUAUCAAUGACAAGUCUGAAGGUUUAGCUUCGAGGAGUUUUAAAGUGAAGAAUAAUUUUUUGUCUCCAGCCAGAAUAAUUAAUUUUACACUAAACGAAGAUGCACAAAACUAUUUUAAAAUUGAAAAUUUUAAACCAAUUUUACUCAAACCUCAGCAGGAGUCAACAAUUUUUACCAUCAAACUAAAAAAUGGAAUUCAAAUCACCGAUUUGAAAGUCAAUUCGAAUAUAAUUAUUAAAACGAACGUUUCGGAGCUUUUCAUACCUCUUUUGAGCUACAAUGGGAAACUACAAGUGUAUUUACCUUUCAAAAGUAAAGAUUAUUCGCUCGAUCUUGGUUUAAUUAGCUUCGAUGCGACCAAAGAAAUAUUUUUCCUCAUCGCUAACACAAAUCCGGUCACUAUAUCAAUAAAAAACGUCAAAACCUCAAUUCCUAUGACAAGUGCUGUACUGUUGGGUUGUGCCAGAGGUGACCACAAUGCAGCUUUACUUCAAGUGACGUUUCAAAAUUUAACGAAAUGCAAUUCGUUAAAAACGACCGAAUAUGCGGUGAUACGUCUCACAGUUCAAACGUUCAAUGCUGAAGGCCAAAUCUGGGGAGACGUCCAGAUUGAAACUCAGUAUGAGAAUCUUUCAGUCCCUGUGCACUUUAAAGUAGCUUCUGGAAAGCUCGAAAUAGGGCCCGAUAGACUCGUUUUUGACCAGUGUUUUCCGGGUAAAAUAUGCUCACACCCGUUACGAGUUCAUUCGACUUUCAAUGAUCCGAUGAUAAUUGAAGAGAUAAUAAGUUUGCCACCAGAUAAACGACUGAGUAGCAAACAUUCAGGUCAUAUUUUGGCCCGUGCGACCAAAGUGAUAGGACAUUUGUACCUAGAUCCGACCCUGGGUUGCGGUAACGAGUGUUACACCGGUCUACAGCACGACACGACAGCACAAUGGCUGAAAACGCUAAGUCUUUCGAAAUCCGUUUCCGAUUUCGAUUUGAAUCUAGUCAACGUUUUUUAUAAUAGGUAUUUAAAUUUUACCGCCAAUGGUUCGAAACGUUGGCAGAAUUUGACACUGAGGCUUGACACUUCCGAAGUAAGGGGUCACAUUUUUAAAACUAGGGUCAAGAUGAGUUGGCCUAGUCUUAUAGUCGAACAAAAUUUGGAAAAUAAGUCGAUUUUUACGUUCCCUCUGACCCAAAUCGGGAACAUUUCGUAUAGAAACAUAACUAUACGAAAUCCGGCAAGUUACAACCUUGUAAUCCAGUUGGUUAUGGACAAGACAUACCCCGAUAUUCGGUUAUUAACCGAAGGACUCCCCUCGAAUUUUAUCCCAAACGGAUAUAAUGAGAACAAAGUUAAACACGGAUUUUUCUUUCACGAAAGUUCGAAAAAACAUUAUUACGACUUGAGCGACAGUCUAAACUUAAAAAUACACGAGGAAUCAAUUCCGAUUUUGUUAAAUCCGGGCGAGAAUUUCACAUUCACAGUCGGUUUUAAAAGCGAAGAUACUGAACCCAACGCGGCUCUCAUCUUUAUUCGAAACAAUUUGACAAUCCUCGAAGUUGUCAAAUUGCUGGGACAGGGGGCGCACCCACAAUUCAAAUUCGGUAAUCGCAAACCCGGUUCAGUUCAACCGCUUUCGUUUGAACUUACCGAAAAACAUUUGAAAGAUUGCGAAAAAGAGAAACAGUACAGAAAUCCAUCACCGAAUUUGAGCGUGAAAAGGUCAUUCACCGCGCGAAAUAUCGGCGAUGUAACCAUUUAUAUAAAUGCGUUUUUUAUAAACGAUUUGCCUUGUGAGGGUUACGGUUUUAAGAUACUUAAUUGCGUCCCGUUUAUCUUGCAUCCCAAUGGGACUAAAAAAAUCGACAUUGCUUUUACCCCGGAUUUGACACUUUCGAAAGUCACCCGGAUUCUAGUUUUAGACACGAGUCUCAAUUUUCCAGUUAAUUAUACAUUGCACACGACUAUACCCCCGUAUUAUUUGGGGCUUUGUUCGAGUUUGAUUAUGAGGCCGAGUUGGGAGAGCUAUUUGAGUUUUGUUGCGAUCGGGUUUAUGUUUUUGCUGUUUGUAUUUAUUGUUUUGUUGGCAAUAAUGGAUGCGGAAAGGAUUAAAAAACAAACGAUUAGUGCCCUAAUGACGCCGAAUAAUUUAACGGCACAGCCGGUACUAGACUUAAGGUUAGUUGGGCAACAAACCAGGGCUGAAAUUCGGUCCAAUAAAACCGAAGAUAAGAAAAUUGACCAACAAAAGAACGUCGAUAAGAGUCCGAAUGAGGGGAAAACAAAAGACGGGGAGAAAUACACGGUACUUGUCCCCACAACCGGUAAAAGUAAGAAAAAACUGACGAAAAAAUGUAGUAACGAGUUAGAUAAGAAUGAGAGUGACGCACAAAAGAAGUCAAACGAAGUACAAAGUAAGAAAAAGUUUGUUGAGGUAAAAAAUGAGGAGAAAAGAACGAGCGUCAGUAUUACAAAAGCUGAGAAAAAGCCAACUCAAGUGUGUAAAAAAGUUACCAAAAAUACUAUUGUACCUGUUUACGAAGAAGAAACUUCGUCCACUACGACUGACUCUAGCAGCAAUAACGAAGAAAACGAUAAAGAAACUGACCAAAGAAACUCAAAAGUUUGCUCAAAGACCAAGACUUCAUGCACUUCCAAACCUGAGACGCCCCCAGUUGAAGAAAAACCCCAUCAGAAAAUCGAACGUAAAAAAUCGGGCCCCAAAUUGGCCCUGAAGAAAGAAACCGACAAGCCUGAAACGAAAUUCAAGUCACACAAACCAAAAAAAGACCGACAACAUUUGAGUAAGAAACUAUCAGGAGACAAGAAUUUUAAAAUGGAGAAACGGGAAAGUCCUCCAGUGAGAGUGAGCCCCCCGAUCACGUCUCCGAUGUGGGGCGAAAACCGGGCGACUUUCAGCGAUGUGGUGGCCAGGGAUAGUGUUGCCAACACGCGACCCUUGUCACAAAUUCAAACUAACAAACCGACGAUGUACGUGGAGCCCUACAAGCAGACUUCGGCCGAGUUGGGGCCUAUAGGGUCUCGCCGGAUCGAUUUCUGGCAAGAUGAAACACUUGAAGAUUCGAAUAGUUAUUUUUCGAAUUCGUACGAGGCUAAUCCGAAUUUUUUUGAAGAUUUUGUGGGCGGCGAGAAUUGGGGGCAGAGUCCCAUGAUGGGGCUGUUUGAAGGAACGGAGAGCGAGCGAGGGGUGACUGAUCCGUGGAGUUUGGGCACUAGUGUUUGGGAUUCGUUUUAUUCGUCCUUAGGGGAGAACCUGGGAGUGGGACAACAGCAACAACAGUCGGGGUACCUGUGGGGCUCGUCGCCGGUGUGGCAGCCGUGGGCCCCUACGGAGCCAAAGACGCCCACAAGGACACCACCAGGGUUCGAUGCAUUUGCACAAAGGAAGAGUGAGGAGGAGGUGGUGCCACAGCAGAGGGAGACUUACAACCCCUUUGGAACAAGUAAUAUUUGGACACAACAGCAAAAUCCGUGGAAUUACCAAGGGCAAUGAAUAGAUCACGUGUCUAGGGUUCAGUUUUGUUUUUCGUCGGCCAUUUGCACUUAACGUGGUUUUUCUUCAUUUUUUGUUGAAGACUGUGCGUAAUUGGAUAAUACUCAUUUGUUGUAGGGACCCUAAUACAAAAUUCAACUUUUGUCAGUGAUCAAUACUGUAAUUUAUUUAUUGUUCCGCAGGUCUUUUGAGUAAAAUUUUGAGUAAAAAAAAAAAAAUAAAUGUUACAAUUGAAA